AUUGGGAUGUGCUAAGAGCCCGAUCUACUAACACACUACCGAUCUUUGGCUGCGGUGUGAUCUGUGUUCUUCCUCGCGUCGAGCCUCUUUUUAUUGCCCUCUUAGUUCGUCACUCCUGACACAUCUGAGUUCCCCAGGUGGAUCAGCGACCAUGUCUUACAUUCCUCUCAAGCAGCAGGUGGAGCAGGUUUGGGAAGGCUACCUCAAUGCAGCCUCUCAAAACUUUCAUCUCCGGGCUCACGAAGACGGCAUUCUACAAGGUGAAAAUGCCCCCAAAGAGCAGUUGGCAAGCGGAGGAGAUGCCCCAGCAACCAUUGAGCAAGGCAUGCCACUUGAGAAUAAGGAUAUUAGACAAGUCCGCUUUUUCGAGGACGUCCGCCUUGUGCGCCACAUGUUCGAUAUUGUUGUUAAGACCAUGUCCCCUCAACCUGGCCCUACGCUCCAAGCCCAAGCUCCUUUGCCCAUGGCCAACUCCCAAGUCACCUCGCGCCCCAGUAUUCUAAUGGCCGAGGUUCCCAGCAACAAGAUGAUUGUCGAGCAUCCCAAAAGUUCUGGCAUCUACUACGUUCUCGACUGUGCUUUGUGCGGAAGGCACUUUCACAACGCUCAAUCUCUCUACGCCCACAUUAACCAGACGGAUGCCGCUCAUCAAAGCAUACUUAUGGGUGAAAAGAAAUUUGCCAAGGCCGUCGCAGUCUGUGGAUUCCGUAUCGAUGAUGCUACUAUGGAGGCUGUCAAAGAACACAAUGCGUAUGCCGAAGCUCUUUUUAAUGCACCUAGCAACCAGGGAUCAACACACGAGGACUAA